AUGCAGUCUGUUCGCCAUGCAGGGCGAUCCUUGCGGUUAAUUGGUGUUGCCGGCUACAACAGCGCGAAGGGCGGCGACAAGGUGUUCCAAGAGCUGGAGGCUCUCAGGCCCGGCGUGGUCCUCAUGGAGAGCUUCGCUGCGGAGGGCGUGGAGGUGGUGCCCGGGGGCGCCGUGCCCUACCACGGGUUGCUGCCGCGCCGCGGGGUGUCCCUCGCGCAGGCGCGCGUGGCGGAGGCGAACUUCCGGUCCGCGCUCACCGCUGAAGCCGUCGCUGUGCUCUCCGCCAUGCGCGUCGGCGCCGAGGUGCGCCUGGGCGACCGCCUGCUCACCGCUUCCUUCGACCGUUUGGUGCGGCGCACCUCGCUGGGCGACCUUUGCGGUGCGCUAGCGGCGGCCGCCGAGGCGGCGGCGGCAGAGCUGCGUGGCCUCACGGGCGCCGCGGUCGGUCGAUUUCCGACCUGCCGCAGAACUUUUUCUGCUCCUUCUUCCCAGAACUGGGAGUGGAACGACACACGCUGA